CUCCGCCCCCGCGCAUCCGGCCAGGCCCCGCCGAGGGGCGGGCACAAGGCAAGAAGGACGGGGUGGCUAGGCCGUGCUGCAUGAGGGCUCGCGGCGGGAUCCCGGCCUGUUCUCGCCCGCCCUGGGGCCGCCGCGCCCUCCCCGAGCAGGCUGAGGUAUCUGACGAAAUAGCCUCAAGAUGAACUUCUUCUUGGAGAUACUCAAAGUUGUCGGACUUUCAUUUUAUUACCUGUUGGAGUCACUAACGUUCUUGAUUGUGCCUAAACGGAAGAAGAACGUUGAAGGUGAAGUAGUAUUAAUAACAGGAGCAGGAAGUGGAAUCGGAAGACUUCUAUCUAUAAAAUUUGCCCGCCUUGGAGCCACGCUGGUUCUUUGGGACAUUAACCAAGAGGGGCUCAAGGAAACAAGUAGACUGGCCAAAGAAAAUGGGGCAGUAAGAGUACAGUCUUACAUCUGUGACUGUAGCAAAAGGCAAGAAGUCCACAGAGUAGCAGAUCAGGUUAAAAAAGAAGUUGGCGAUGUUAGCAUCCUAAUCAACAAUGCUGGUAUUGUAACUGGAAAGAGGUUUAUUGAUUCUCCAGAUUCACUUGUGGAAAAAACCAUGGAGGUGAACACAAUGGCACACUUCUGGACUUACAAAGCCUUCCUCCCAGCAAUGAUGGCCUCUAACCAUGGACACUUGGUUAGUAUUGCAAGCUCAGCAGGGCUCAUUGGAGUCAAUCGUCUUGCAGAUUACUGUGCAAGUAAAUUCGCAGCAAUUGGGUUUGCAGAGUCAAUUAGUUUAGAGAUGAGAGAUCUGGGAAAGACUGGUAUUAAAACCACAAUUGUGUGUCCUUACUUCAUAAACACAGGAAUGUUUGAUGGCUGUAAAACCAAGUGGCCACGUCUGCUUCCCAUUCUAGAGCCAGAGUAUGUAGCUGAAAAGAUAGUCACUGCUAUUCGACAGAACCAAGAAAUUCUGAUACUACCACGCAGUCUGUAUUUUCUUUUUGCUUUGAAAAAUGUGCUACCAGUGAAAGUAAGUGUUCUUCUUGGAGACUUUGCUGGAACCCUCCAUUUCAUGGAUUCCUUCAGAGGUCGAGGGAAGAAGGACUGAAAAUAGUGCAAGAAUCAAAUAUCAGCAACUCUAAAGUGAACUGUGUUAGGGGUGGUAGCGGGAUGGGGUGCUUUCUAGAAGCUGUGGACUAAAGGUGCCUCACUUUGUUAGUAACAAUUUUUAAGGAAAUUGCUUUUUAAUUAGCUCUUAAUCAACAGCUUUGACACAAACAGAUUUUUUUUUUUAAUCUAGUGAAAUGAUUUCUUUUCACCUCAUUGUGGAAAAACAUUAAUUGAAAUGAGUUGCCUUGGGGAUGUCUGUUAUAAUAUCUUAAAUAAGUAUCUGCAUCACAAACUAAUAAUUGGCACUUUUGUGGGGAGAUUGGGCCAGGAAAGAACAUGCAGUUGGCAGGGCUUCAGCAAAGCCUUUAGUGGAUAUGAUCUGUCAUUGUCACUCACUAGACCAUUAGGAGGGGUUACACUGCUGAAGCUGUUAAAAUUCUGUGAUAAACUGAAGAAUUCAAGAGUUUCCUGAAACAACAGAUUCUAAAAUUCAAGUUGCAACAAAGGGAAGCUUUGUGAAAUGAAAAUACUUGCUGCGUUGGUGCAUAACCAGUAAAAUGCAUUAAUUUUUGAGGGUGUAUCAGGACUCAGAUGACUGAAUGUCUGGGGGAAAAAAAUGGAUGUAAAUGAUGCAUUUGUGCUACUAAUGUACUUUUAUCAAAUAUAAAAUUUAUUUUUAAAGCCAAUACUAUGUCUACAGCUAUAUAGUAGAACAAAGUCUUUGUAUCUUUUAAGUGCAAUAUUCCAAGAACAAACUUAGAUUUUCCACUCCUAAGCAAAAUACACCACUUAUACAGCAUAAAAGUGCCAUUUUAGGGGGCUAUCAGACAGCUCGCCAGGUAAGACAAUAAGCUACUAACGUAACAUAACAUAAUCAAGGCUUCUUCUGGAAUUAUUUCAGAAAGGAAUGAUGCUGGCAGACAUGAAGUAAAUGAGAUCACUAUAGACAACAGCUAUAGUUUCACCAAGUGUUAUGUUUUGUUCCUCCGAAUUGAGGGGAUUGCCUUGCAUCUACAGAGAUUAGUUUUACUUUCCUUUUACUGUUGGGACCAUUCACUUAUUUUGGACAAGUGCUGAGGAGGCCUCCCCCCUCCAAUGGCCACUCACUUAGAAAAUGAAAAGCCCCCCCCUUGACUUUUGGUAAAUCCAAAACAAGAAAAAGGAGGAUUAUGCUUUAAAUGUAUGCCAUUUAAGCAUAUGCUGGUUAAUCCCAUCUCAUGUCACAGUACUCAACUGGUGACUGGUAAUACCUGAAAACUAAGACUAUACAAAACUCUUUAUCAUGUAAACUAAUUGAAGGAUGGUAGAAGAGGGUGGGGGGGUUCUUUGUUUGUUUGUUUUAAUGUCUGUCUUCCAUGUUGGUCUGGAGACUACCUUUAUUUCCCUUGUCUAUGCAAUUAGUGAGGUUUAUCAAUUGAUAAAAGUUUACAUAGAACUAUUUUACUACUGAAGAACAAGAAACACUUGAGUAAAAUGAGCAUGUUAAUAAUAACUCUCCAUAUGUACUUUGCACUGUUUGCUGAUAAUAAAGUUGACCACUAAUAA